UCGGCGCCCGCGGCCCAUGGACCGGAACCCCGGGCUGACGGGUAGGAACCCGGGUUCCGAUCGCCGCCACCCUCCCCCUGUCUCCUCCUCCUUGCCUCUCACCGCCACCUCCGGACGCCCGCAGGUCGCGCACCGUCGCGGCCGGCUUCGUGGAGCCGCUCGGAAAGGCUGGGGAGUGGGUCCUCGGCUGCCGCGGGACUGAGGCCUACUCUGCCGCCGCCGCCUCUCCAGUGCUAUUGUCCCUGGGCCCGGCGCCGACCGGGGCCCCUGCAGAGCGCCGGGUGCGCCGGCUCCGCCGAAGAUGCCGGACCAAGCCCUACAGCAGAUGCUGGACAGAAGUUGCUGGGUGUGUUUUGCCACUGACGAAGAUGACAGAACAGCUGAAUGGGUGAGACCAUGCAGGUGCAGAGGAUCUACAAAAUGGGUUCACCAGGCUUGUCUACAGCGCUGGGUAGAUGAAAAACAAAGAGGAAACAGUACAGCCAGAGUGGCAUGUCCUCAGUGCAAUGCUGAAUACUUAAUAGUUUUUCCAAAGUUGGGUCCAGUUGUUUACGUCCUGGAUCUUGCAGAUAGACUGAUCUCAAAAGCCUGUCCAUUUGCUGCAGCGGGAAUAAUGGUUGGCUCUAUCUAUUGGACAGCUGUGACUUAUGGAGCAGUGACAGUGAUGCAGGUUGUGGGCCAUAAAGAAGGCCUGGACGUUAUGGAGAGAGCGGAUCCUUUAUUCCUUUUAAUUGGACUUCCAACUAUUCCUGUCAUGCUGAUAUUAGGCAAGAUGAUUCGCUGGGAGGACUAUGUGCUCAGACUAUGGCGCAAAUAUUCAAAUAAGCUACAAAUUUUGAACAGUAUAUUUCCAGGGAUUGGUUGUCCCGUUCCUCGCAUUCCAGCUGAGGCUAACCCUUUAGCUGAUCACGUCUCUGCCACCCGGAUUUUGUGCGGAGCCCUUGUCUUUCCCACUAUCGCCACAAUAGUUGGCAAACUAAUGUUCAGUAGCGUUAACUCUAAUUUACAAAGGACAAUCUUGGGUGGAAUUGCUUUUGUUGCCAUAAAAGGAGCGUUUAAGGUUUACUUCAAGCAACAGCAAUAUUUACGUCAGGCCCACCGCAAAAUUCUCAAUUAUCCGGAGCAAGAAGAAGCAUAAAACUGACUCCGGCUGCUCUGCAGUCCUCUCGUCCACGAGUCUGUUGGGUUACUCUGAUUCCAUCAUUGCUGCACAGGAGUGAAGACUGUGAGAAGCUGCUGCUCCUAUAUUUUUAAGAAAUAUAAUAAAACACUUAGGGCAGGGAAAUCCUCUCAGUGAUCACGGAACCGAAGGAUGUGAUUUUGUUUUCAAUGGUUUAUAUGUACUGCUUGUACGGCAGUCAUCUGAACCAUUAUUUUAGCAUGAUAAGCCUGGGAUUCCUUCCUGUUUCCUCCAGACAGAAAUGUCAAGAUCAAACUGCAGAUAUUCAAAAAUGCAUAUGCUGUUUUAUUCAAGGUCCUCUUCUGUACAUGUUCAUGUUCAGUGUUUUCUGAGAAUCAGCAACUCAAUGAAGGUACUAUGAGCAUUUUUUCUCACUGGCAUAAUUUUGACUAUAUGCUAAAUAGGAGCUAAAUAUGAGGAAAUGAAAAUUAAAUUAGCUAUAAAUAAAUAAUAAACCAAAAAUGUAUGUGAACAUUCAAAUGAUUAUCUGAACAAUGAGAUUUUUGUUGUGUUUUUCUUAAUCCAUAUGAUGUCCUCCAAAACUUUUGGUAAAAAUUCACAGGGCUUCCAGAUUGAUCACUUCUUCACUGUUAAAUUUUAUUUAUAUAAUGUUGACAUCUCAUAGUUAAAAAUGUAAUUUUGACCCAUGCAGUCUUACUUACAGUGCACGUGUCUGCUGGUCAGUCAUCAGGUCCUCUCAACACUGGAGUAAGGUUUUUCAAUCCAUAUUUUAGAAAUUAGAGCUUCCAAAUUUAUAGUAGCUUGAGCACAGACAGGUUUGCAAAAAAAAAUCAAUAAAGUUAUGUUAAUCUCCUCUCAUUGAUUGAGUUAUUCAAAUAUUUGCUGAGCACCUCCCAUUUGCCUGAGCACUGUGCUAAGUGCAGUGGGGUGCAAGGGUCAAGGAGACCGAUGUGGCCUCUGCUCUUUUAGAGUUUACUGUGUAGUUUCAGUGGCUAGAAAUCCAGCCGUGAGUGCACCAGAGUGAGGCCUUGAACAUUUUGUGUUCAUAUCAGGAUAUAACUCUGGAAACAAGAUUUCCUGAGUAAAUAUUGAGGUCAUUGUUUUGGGCUUAACCCAUUGAUCAUAGGAAACCAAUCUUAAUAUUUCCUAGUUUUAACUGCUUGUCAUAUUGAUAAGGCUAGCAUCUUGAUCACUGUCUAAUUAGUUUUGUAUUCAUUUUUCAAAAGCAAGUAUUUAUUUUAAACCAUUUUCAAUAGAGUGGCCAUUUUCUGUUUAGCAAUCGGAAUGGUCUUGAAGUUAUUUUCAUGAAUUAAAAUUAAAUUUUUUAAAGAUCCGAAAACCUUAUUUAUUUUCUUGUUCAUAGGAUCCUAAUGCAUGACAAAUAAGUAUCUCCCCUUACUGAUAAGUGGCCACUUCUGUUUAAGAACAGAGCAAAUAUAGAUUGAGAUCUGUUAGAUUGAAAUCAUGUGUGUUAAUUUUACUAAUUAAAGACCAGUACCAAUCUAGAGUAUGAAUAUCUUAAUUUUGAGUUAUAUGUAGUUUAUAUGAAUAAGUGUUAAAUUCAAAAUUGUAAUUAUUUGGGAAGGAGGAAAGAUUUAACUGACAGUGAGCCUUAUUAAGAACACUGCUAUACUUCUGAAAGGGAAAUGUAUCUAUGGUGAUAUAUAAAAAUAGCUCAGAUUAUAUAACUUUAAUUGUAAGAGAUAUCCCCUUUUCAUUUUUAGUAUGAAAAGACAAUAAAUAGAAACUUCCUGCAUAGUUUUAUUGUUGUAUGCAACAGCUUUGAGGCUGCCUUUACUAAAAUUAACAAGAGCACACAGUUCCCCACUUAAAAUUGUACUGCGCAAGGUCAGGUAGCGGCUUGGACUUAUUGGCAGCAGAGCUCAUGAAAGACGGGAAUAACUCAUCCUUUGGGGGGGGGGCUUUUCCAGGGCUGUGAGGAGGGAGCUGCAGGUGCCUAGUGAACAGAGUGGUCUCUGACUAUAUGGAACUUCCAUCUCAAGAGCCUUAGCGCCAGAAGGACCAGGUGCCAGUCUCCAGGAGUUGCCCUGCACCACCAUCCAGCAACAAGAGCGUGUGGGGGCUGACUGAAAGUUGGGUGGACCGAAGGUUAAAUCCUAACUCUGCUUUAAUGGCUCUGUACCUUGGCCAAGUGACUUUCUCUCAGUUACGUUUUCCUUCAUCUUGGAAAUGGAAGGAGCACUUACAGCAAAUAAUAUCAUCAACUGUGAAAUUAAAAGAAACAGACACUGUGAAAUAUACUGUAUGUACUCAAGUAUAAGCCACCCCGAAUCUCAGCCGCGGCACCUAAUUUUACCACAAAAACUGCAUUAAAAAUGUGCUGGGAAACUCGGCUUAUACACGCGUAUAUACGGUAGUCCCUACAUAGCAUUAGUAGUUUCUUAAUUGGUAAAUAGUCUCUUAAAAUCAUGUUCCCACUCUUAAGAAUAGGGAGUAACCAUGUUCAAGAGACAUCUUAGGGACAAGUUAAAGGGAGUUAGAGCUUGAGACUGGCGAGGUGCGCUGUGUUUCCCAGCUGACUUUCAUGUUGCUUUUACUGUGUUCUUUUGGAAACUAAUGUUUUAAACUUCAUUUACAUAAUUCACUGAUAACCAGUAGAAUUCCAUUCUUCGCAGAAAUUAUCUCCAAAGUGGCUGAAAAUAUUGUUCAUCAUUAUAUGAUUAUCACGACUGUGGCAAGAAUAUAAAAUUAAACUUAGUGACUUAAUUAGUCACUGCUUUGCUAACUGUACUGUAACUUUUUUUUAAUGUCUUGUUUUUCAUAUAACAGACUAUCUCCAUACUGGCUGGAUUAGGUUGAAUAAAGAAUUUUCAUGUUC